AUGUCCGAGGCCGAGGCCUGCGCCACCCUGGGCAUCAGCGCCGCGGCCGCGGGGCCGGACGGCGUCGUGUCGGAGGAAGAGAUGCGCCGGGCCUACCGCUCACUGGCGCGCAGGUACCACCCCGACAAGAACCCCAGUCCCGAGGCCCGUGCCAAGUUCCUGGCCGUCCAAAAGGCCUACGAGCGCCUGCAGGCCGGCGCCGCCGGCGGCCAGGGCCCGCAGCCGUGGCGGGUGCAGCUGAUGCUGCGGGCGCAGUGCAUCCUGUACGCGCGCUACCCGGAGGUCCUCGGGCCCUUCAAGUACGCGGGGUACCCCUUGCUGCUGGAGGUCCUGCGGCAGCAGGGCGCGGGCGAGGGGCCGGACGGCGGUGGCGCCGCCGCGGGCGCGGGCGCGGCGGCGGCUGCGAGCGGGGCGCGGCCGGAUGCGGAGGAACACGCGGAUGGCGGGCAGCAGCAGCAGCAGCAGCAGCAGCAGCAGCAGCAGCAGCAGCAGCAGCAGCAGCAGCACGAGCGCCACUUCCUCAAGGGCGAGAGCACGGGGCUGGUGCGGGCCGCGGUCGAGCUGUGCUGGCUGACCUGCGUGGCCUCAGCCCUCAACGCCGAGGAGCUGCUGCGCUGCGGCGGCGCCGCCGUCCUCGCGGGCCUCCUGUCGCGCUGCGUCGGCGUCAUGCCGCCCGACGCGGCGCCGACGAGCGCCGAGGCGGAGAUAGCGACGCACGCGCUGCGCACGCUGGCCGGGCUCGCGGCCGUCGAGGCGGCGCGGAGGGAGCUGGCGGGGCCGGGGUACCGGCAGGUGCUCGCGGAUGCGGUGCGGUGCUGCGCGCUGGAGCGCGCGCACGGCGCGGUGGAGGGGGCGCUGGUGCUGGUGGCGCAGCUGGCGGCGUCGCCGGCGCUGCAGCUGGCGCUGCUUGAGGCCGGCGCGCUGGGCUACGUGGUGCCGCUGCUGCUGGGCUACGACUCGACGCUCGCGCCAGAGGCGGCGGCGCGCCUGGUCCGCGCGGCGCUGGCGACGCCGCUGAUGCGCGCCAACCUGCAGGAGGCGCGCAGCCAGCAGGCCCUGCUCGCGGCGCGUGCCCUGGCGCGGCUGGCAGGCAUGCUGCCGGAGCCGCACCGCACGCCCACCUGCUCCCCCGCGCUGCUUGCGCUGCGCGCGCUGCUCACCGAGUCGCUGGCGGCGCGGCUGGCGGCGCCCGAGCCACAGCCGCUGCUGGCCAUCCUGGGGUCGUCCAGUGUUGAGACGGCCCACGUGAUCUGGAACAACUCGAUGAGAGAAGAAUUGCUUAAGGCUCUCCAGCAGCAGCGCGAGCGCGGCGCAGACGCAGCGGCGCUGCAGGGCUUCAAAUUCUCAGGGCUGGCCGGGGAGCUGCAGGUCGGGGGCGUGUUCGUGCGCGUGUUCAACCAGCGCGCACGGCUGGGCGCCGCCUCGCCAGCCGCUGGGGCGCCGGCGGGCGGCGGCGCGGCGACGGGGGGGGCGGCUUCGGCGGGCGGCGGCGGGGCGGCGGCGGCGGCGGUUCCAGCAGACCCGGCCGGGUUCUGCAAGGCCCUGGUCAAGUUCCUGUACGAGCGGCUGGUGGAGAGGGCCUUCCGGGGCACAGAGCUGCACUGGGUGUCGCGCAAGGAGCGCGCCGCGGCGCUCGACGUGCUCACCGCGCUGGCCGCGCUGCUGCAGCAGGAGCCGCGCCUGCUGGGACUGCUCACCUCCAAAUCAGCGCUGUCCCCCGUCGUCGCGGCGCUCGCGCCGGCCGCUCUGCUGGGCGGCGCAGCAAAGCCCCUUUCGCCAGGUGCAGCCGGGGCCGCCGCGCAGGCAGCACCCGCGGCAUCCGACGCCGAGGCGAUGGCGGCGGCAACGGGCGACGACGUGGCCUCCCAGGCGGCGGACGCCGAGGCGCUCGCGGCUGGCGCGCUGUCACUGCUCGCCUUCGCGACACAGAGCGCCCAGCUGACGGCGGCGCUGAUCGACGAGUCGUUUGUCCGCACCCUGCUGUGGCUCGCGCACGCGCCACCCUCGCCGCGCGUGCUAGCCGGCGCGCUGGGCCUGCUGCGUGCGCUGAGCGCGCACCCGGCGGUGGCGCUGGUCUGCGGGUACCAAGGGGGCGCCGUGCUGCUGCUGGACGUGCUGCUGCACCCGCCUGGCGCGCCCUGGCCCUUCCUGGCCGGAGCCGGGCCUGCCACGCCCGCGGACGAGGACGGCGCGCGGGGCGCGGCGGCGGCGGCGCUGCAGCGCGUGAUGGCGGACGCGACUAAUGGGACGCGGACGCGCCUGGUGCUGGAGCAGCUGCUGCCGCCGGGGCUGGUGGCGGGGAUUGCAGAGGGGCCGCCAGAGGCCGUGCUGCGCAUGCUGGCGCAGGACGUGGAGACCCCAGAGUCGCUGUGGGACCGCCGGAUGGCGUCGGAGGCCGCCGCAGAGGCGGCCGCCCUCGCCGCCGCCGCCCGCGCGCAGCAUGCGGCCGGCAAGCCCGAGUGGGCGCCGCCGCCCGGCUACCGGCUGCGGUACGGCCGGCUGCGGGGCGAGCUGUUUGUGGGGGGCGUGUACGUGCGGCUGUUCCUGAAGAGCCCGCGGUUUGCAGUGCGGGACCCCGUAAAGUUCGGGGAGGCGUUGGCGGAGCGCUACUUGCAGGAGCUCUCCACAGCGGCAGACGCGCGCGCUGUCACUGGUGCCGCCGGCGCCACAAGCGACGCGGCGGAGGCAGCGGCGGGGUCGGCGCUGCUGCUGUCUGCGGCGGCAGUGGCGCUGCUGCGGGGCCACGGGCUGCUGUGUGACCACCUGGCUCAGUUGGGCUACACCAGCAGGCUCCUUGGCUUCCUCGCACGCCGCGCCCCUUUGGCAGCGGCGGCCGCCACGCCAGGCGCGCAGCAGCACCAGCAGCAGCAGCAGCAGCAGCAGCAGGCGACAACCGCGGCCCCUGACGAGCUCGGCGGCAGCGCGCUGCGCCUGCUGCACCAGCUGGCGUCGAGCGCAGGGGCGUCUGAGGCGCUCGCGACCGCCACGGCAGCGCCCUGCGUGCCGACGCUGAUGGCAGCGAUGGCGUGGGGGCCCGGCGCGAGCGUCCUUGCACUGGAGACGAUAAAGCGUGCACUCGUGCCUGGCAACCGGCAGCGCGACACGUUGGUUGCACAGGCGCUGCAGGCGCAGCUUCCGGCGCGGCUGCUGCAGCUGCUGGACUGGAGGAGCGGGAGCGGGCCACCGGCCGCAUCGCAGCAGCGGGAAGUGGGGUCCCCGCUUAUGAGCGAGCAGGGCAGCCAACAGCAGCAGCAGCAGCAACAGCAGCAGCAGCAGGCGGGGGAGGCGCAGGAGGCGGCGGUGCAGCGUGCACUGGCGGUGGAUGUCCUGCGGCUGCUGUCAGAGGAGGAGGGCGCCUACUCCGCACAGGCGGCCGCGCUGCUGGCCCGCAGCGAGGUGUGGGGUGCGUACCGUGGGCAGCGACACGACAUGUUCCUGCCCAGCGGCGCCACGGACGACAGCGGCGUGGCGGGGCUGCUGACGGCAGGAGAGACGGCGCGGUUUGCACUGCCAGCGCCGGAGGCGCUCACGCCGGCAGGCGGUGGUGAGGGGUGA